AGGGUUUCAGUUCUAUCCCUUUCGUCCUUCGCUUUUCUUCUGUCAGCUAUGGUUUCUGAUUUCGUGAUCAAGGUGAGGUUUGGAGAUGCCUACAGGCGCUUCAAUGUUUCUGUGGAUGACAAUAAUCAAAUUGAUAUUGACAUGGUUAGGUUGAGGGCUAAGAUAAGGUCUAUUUUUGAUUUUACUGAUGAUGUAAAAUUCACUCUGAGCUAUGUUGAUGAAGAUUCCGAGAUGGUGAAUAUUGUCGAUGACAAUGAUUUGAAUGACUUGAUGAGACAACGAUUCAAAUUCUGGAGAAUUUUUGUGCGUGGGAAUGGAAUCUUGCCAUUGGAAUUCUCUCAAUGGAGAAAUAUGAUGCAUAAAUCUGUAGGCAAAAUAAUGCGGAAGGAUGAAGCAAUAUAUUAUGGUUCUGCUGUUGUGGCUUGGGUUGGGUUGGUAUCGGCGAUUAUCUUCAGUAAACCAAAUGUCCAAGUCAUCCACCCCCCACCCCCACCUGUUAGUAAAGGUUGGUUUAAAUAGGGCCUUUCAAGGUUGUCGAAAAUGAUCAGUUGCAGUUUUGAACCUCCUUAUCAAGUCUAUCAUCCUUUGAGAGAGUGUGCUGGUCUGAAUAAGUAAUAAUAAAAACUAUUAGAAAAAAAAAAAUGUUUAGCAAGAUAUUUGUUCCUUUGAAUUUGUCUUGGUUUUUAGGUUUGGAUAGUUUAUUUGAUGUUUUUGUGCUUUGACACUUCAACAUAUCUUUGUUUUAUAUU